GUAAGAGCCUAAUUAUGGACUAGAGUGUCUGGAUGAGACGGACCAGGAGGCUUAAAUAGACAGAAACUGAAAAAUACCAGGUACACUCUCACACCCAGUAGGUUUGAAGUGCAAGGGGCAAAGGCAAAGCAGCAGCAGCUGCAGCAGCUAUAUAUACUCAGACAAAGCCUUUCUAAUCCCUAGCUUUCUUCUUCUUUCUCUCUGUCUCGUCUUGAAACAUCAAUCGAAAAUGGGAAGAGGAAAGUUCAAGGGCAAGCCCACCGGUCACCGCCACUUCUCCACCCACGAAGAGAUGGUUGCUGGUACCUCUGCUCGUCCACGUAGUUUUAAAAGGGAAGAAGCUGAAGAGGAGGAAGAAGUAGAGUCUGAAGAGGAAUCAUCAGAAGAAGAAGAAUCUGAAAAGCGGAAAGGCACUCAGGGAAUCAUCGAAAUUGAGAAUCCCAAUCUAGUAAAACCAAAGAAUGUGAAGGCUAAAAAUGUCGAUAUUGAGAAAACUUCGGAGCUCUCAAGGCGUGAAAGAGAGGAGAUAGAGAAGCAAAAGGCUCAUGAGCGGUACAUGAGGUUGCAGGAACAGGGAAAAACGGAACAAGCAAAAAAAGAUUUAGAACGCUUAGCCCUGAUUCGCCAACAAAGGGCAGAAGCCGCUAAGAAGCGAGAAGAAGAAAAGGCUGCCAGGGACCAGAAAAAAGGCGAGGGACGCAAGUGAAAUAAGUUAUGGAGAAGCCCAGUAGAUUCACUUGGGCUGCUUAUUUUUAAUGUUUGACCUUCUUAUAUGUAUUAUCUGUAUCCCAAUCUAGCUUAAGUUACCAAAGUUUUUGCUUUCUUAUUUGACAUGACUACUGUAUUUAUAAACUGUCAGUUUGUUUCGGUGUUAAUUAAAACAUGGUGUGGGGGAGAAAACAUCUCUUGGUCAUUGAAA